AUGCCCUGCAAGUCGGCAGCAAGAAGAUUGGAAGGGUUGGAAGCAUUUGGGGCAUGUGCUGUGGCGGAAAACUUUGUGGUAGACAUUGGCGGUGUGGUUGUGCGAGCACCUGUGGGCUUCCAGGCAUUUGCGUGCGCUACGUAUGAGCGCUGCAGCUUGAGCGAGCUCCAAGGGGUAAAUCUUCAGGAUGGUGAUCUUGUCCAGAUCAUGAGCACCUGCGCUCAAGCAGCGGGCUUCGAGAGUUGCUCAGCCCCGGAUUACUGUGUGGUGCCUGGGUCGCAGCGGUCCAGCAAGGCCACACAAUCGGGCUACUUGGGUGAACGGUUUCAGUACAACAACUUGACUAUCAGCUUCGGUCCGGAGGAGAUUCGUGCCCCCAACGGUGCAUACCGGCUGUGCUGGUGCGGUGCGGGGUCGGGGGCAUCUUGCAGUUCCCCCCUUGGUUUUGCGGUCGAUGCUGGUGUUAUCACCAUCGCCGGCCCUCGAUCUGGUCAAGAUCGCACGUGCUUUCACUCCCAGAGUUGCACCAUCUACAACAUCACCGGCAGCUUCUUGGAAGACGGAGAUAGGCUCAUGCUGCUUGAGAGUUGCCGCACAGGGACAGGCCUCACCGAAACUGACACGCCCCUCAUCGACUUUGCAACACGUGGCGUUCUUGGAUUUCCGGACUUUGGUCGCUCUCUCCCUGCCACAGACAACGGCGCAACAUUCACAUGGGGACCUGAUGCUGUCACGACGGGGGGUAAGUACAAGAUGUGCUGGUGUUCUCGGCAAGCCCAUGACACCCUUCCAUGUGACAGAGCGGAGCGCUUCAAAAUCGAAGUUGGGAUGCUCACGGUUGUCGGCUUUGCAGAGAACAAGCGCAGGUGUUUCAUUGGCCAGCCGUGCGAGGUAGAACAUUUAGUCGGAUUCCCCUUGCAUGAUGGUGACCAGGUGCUGCUGAUGCCGGACACGGACUCCUGUGGCAGCGGCGAUGACUUCUCAGGCAUGAGAGUCGGGCAGAACAAGGAGGGAGGCAGGUCACCGCACCCGACAGGCAACACCUUGUCUGGCUUCGCCUUCAACACCACAGAGCACGUGCAUGAUGAAGGUGGUGGUGGGAUCGUCCAAGACUUGUCUUGGUCGCCUCUGCAGCUUCUGCCUGGGAGCUACCAUCUUUGCUGGUGCUCAGCUUUAGACAGCUGUGCAAACCACACGCGCUUCCAUCAACGAGCAGGCACUUUGGAGGUGCAGGUGCAGAGCAUCGGGCACUUGGAGCUGGAACUGACGGACUUUCCAGACCCGGAGGCGGUCAUUGCAGAGGUCAGCUUUCAGGACUGCGCCGGAGACCCCUUGAAUGUAUCGGUGCCCAGCCGCUGGAACGGCUCAGCGGCCGGCUUCGAGGCAGCUGUGGACAGUUCGCUCAGCACAGCUUGGGCAGUCAGUACCUCAGGAUCUCAGACCUUGGCCUACUCUGUACCGGAUCUGUGGACGGAGGUAAAUGGCGUGAAGUACUUGUUCAGUGACCAGUACGAGCUCUGCCGUUACAGCAUCACGGCUGUUUAUGCCCUCUCCUCCAGCAAUGCCCUGGCAGUGACGACUUCUUCUCGGGGGCGAAUUGCAGGGUGGACUUUGAGAGUCCGGGUCUCUGCCUUUGAGUGGGAGAAUGAGAUCGGAGCCUCGGCCUUGCUGCCAAUCCCAUGGGAAACGAUCGACAGUCAGCAAGGUCACACCGCGGGCUGGGAGGACUUGCGGCAACGUUCUUGGGUCAGCAAGUACGUGGGUCCCCUUCAGGGUCAUUAUGCGGAGUGUAGGGUGAGCCUGACAUGUGAUGUGCCGGGCAUUCUUGGUGUUGGUCUUGCAGCGGGCGACCGGCUCAUGGCGAUGUCAGAAGUUCGCCGAUCAUCACUGCCCUUGUACGAACGCGCCUCAUCGAUCUGGAACGUGACAGCUUCAAGUUGCGGAAUUGGCACACCUCCCGCGGGCUUAGGAUCAGGUGCGACCCUUCCCACCUCUGCGACCUCCGCUGUGAACUCCUCGGUUCCAGCCGGACGGAUCGCCAACUUUACUUGGGGAGCCGACUCCAGCCAGUACAUCACGGCCUCAGGUGGGCUCUUCCGCCUAUGCUGGUGUGGGGCCGAUGCCACGGGUCUCGGCUGCCAGACUUCGGAUCAGUUCGGUUUGGAGGCUGGCCACCUGAGAAUCCGUGGCCCUGGCCUUGUACCACACGAGGCCUACUCCUGGAUUUGUGUCGUGGAUGCUGCUAUCAGUGCACCUCAACAUGGUUACAGCAGCAGCGUGAGCAUCCUGCCCAGCGGUGGUUCUGACUUUGGGAAGCACAGCGUAUCAGGCAAGCUGAGAAUAUCUGUGUACUGCAGUCUUUAG